GAAUGGUGCUCAGCUAAGAUCAGGAAUCAGUGCUAUGUGCUAAACUCCUUAAUAGCGUAGUCAUAUGGAAAUGGUUUCUGAUCGUGGCUUGGAGGUCUGAAGGGGCUGGAUCAAGGCGUCACGCGCACCGUACCGAGGAUCGGCCAGGCUGGGGGCCCCUAAAUAGCCCAGUCGCGAACGGAGCCCUCUGGGAGGCGGCCACACCCAGGAUGUAAGUAGGCCUUACCUGGGCAUCGCGGAUCUCUGCCCGGGUGGACGAACCCCUUUCUCCGCAGCCCGUGGGAUCAAUUAUGGACAAAAAACAAAUAACAACAACAACAACAAAAACAGCAAAAACAGCAACAACAACAUCAAAAACAAUUUAUAAAGGGACCGGCCCCCUUAAAGCGUCGGAAGGGUCUCGGCCCACUAAACAAGGAGCUCAAGCGAUGCAGAGUACCUCCACCAGCCGUAGUGCGGUGACAAAUAGCGGGAAACCAAGGCCAAUGGUGAAACCGGGCCAAGCUCUCGCAAAAACGAAGGAAAGUGGCGGUGGGGUUGCUCAAAGGAGUCCACCCCGGGAAACUCCUGGCACCAGUGGACGCCAACCUGGCAUGCAGAUUGCAGCCGGGGAUAAGGCUGAAUCUGGGGCGCAGGCCCCGGGCGGUCCUCCCGCGACACCCACGGCCUUCACGAGGCCUGACCAGAGGCCAGAACCAGCUGCAGCGGGCUAUCGGCAGAGGAAGCUGGCUGCUCGAAUCCUGCAAAGGUUCACCGCAACGCCUGACCUGUGUAGCAAGGCGAAAGAAGAGCAUGUGAAGGAGAUCCUCACAGAAAUCGACUGGGCAAAGGCAGUCCUGCCCGACUACCGCAAGCCGGAGGAGAAGCAGCCGCAGGCGCCCUCCAGUAAGCGCAAUAGAUCGGGGGAAAAUACGCCCAACCAAUACGCAAAGAGGGUCAGAACGCAGGGGCCUUCUUUUGCUGAAGUAGCCAAGGAGCAGAUCCUGCUCGGCGUCAUCGAUGAGAGCAAUGAAGACAGCCUCACCCUGAGGCAGCAAUGGAAGUGGGUUAAGGCCGCGAUGGCCGACAUUGCUAUCAACAUUAUGUUGGAGAAUCCGGGACCUCCGCCAACCUGCAAGGGAGCGGGGUGGUUCCAAAAUAACAUCCGCGUUAUAGCAUGCGAGGAUGCUAGAUCAGCGGAGAUCUACAAGAAAACAGUCGCAGGUAUUGGAGAAGUCUACCCUGGUGCGAAGCUCAGGGCGGUCGACUUCAAGGACCUACCGGUGCGACCGAGAGCGAGAGCAUGGUUGCCUUGCAAGCCAGCGGAGCCAGAAAGGAUCCUCCAAACCAUAAGGCUCUAUAACCCGGAGCUACCUACCGAUAAUUGGAAGGUGGUCAAAAUCAACGAAAGCGGUAAAGCGACGAUGCAGGUUGUCCUGCUUCUAAAUAAGGACUCCAUAGAGUUGUUGGAGCAAAAGAGCGGGGUCAUACGUUACGGCUGUGACAUGGCCAAAAUUAAGGUCUACAGCAACGACGUAAACGCAGCGAAGAACCUGAUCGCGGAGGUAGAGCCGGAAGAGGCCAACAGCGACGUGGAGAUGGAGGAAGAAUCCGAGCAGGUUGAUCCGAUGGACGACCUGACCGGGGGUUAUGCCUCAUCGACGUCUUCGCUGGGGGUCGGACGCAUGCUUCGGCUUUAUACGGAGGAGGAGUUGAUCGAGAUGUCGGAAGACGCGGUCAACUCCACCCUAAUAGGCGACGUGGGCGAUAACGGCCAAGAUGGUGAAGGUACUGCAGAUUAACCUUCACCACUGUAAAGCAGCUUCAGCUGCACUGCUGCUCCAUCUAACAGCUAAAGGGGCAGCCGACAUCGUCCUAAUCCAAGAACCUUGGGUGGUGGGACAAAACAUUUGUGGGCUGAAAGCGCCGGGCUACAGACUGGUAAGUGGAGCCUCAACGGGGAAACCAAGGACGUGCAUAUUGAUAAGUAUCACACUAAAGUGUCUCUUUCUUCCACAAUUUAGCGACGAGGACACAACAGCGGUCAGUCUAAGUGCAAACGGACGACCAAUUAAGAUGGCAUCCAUGUACCUAGCGCAUGACAAGGAGGUGCCAACUACCUGCAUUAAAGACCUAGUGGCCAGCACGAGAGAGGCGCUAAUUUUGGGAGGUGACGCGAAUGCUCACCAUCACACCUGGGGCAGCUCCGAUGAUAACGAACGGGGUGAGUCACUUUUUAAUUUCAUACUUAGUUCUAAGCUUGUUAUUGCGAAUAGGGGGAAUGAUCCCACUUUUAUUACAAAAUCCCGAAGGGAAGUUCUGGACGUUACCCUUAUCUCUGAGAAUGCGGAAUGUCUGGUCGGGAAGUGGAAGGUGCUUGAGGAGCACUCCUUUUCCGACCACCGAUAUAUCCAAUUCGAGGUAUUAGGGGAAACGCCCAAGGCUCCUCUAACUAGAAACUUGCGAAAUGCCAACUGGCAUAGGUAUCGGAAAGAGCUGGAUAGGCUUUUGCCACAAGAUAGAGAGCCGGCUACUCCAGCAAACCUAGAGGAGCUGGAAUAUCUUGUCGACCAUUUUACGGGGGCCUGCAGUAAGGCAAUAGACAUUGCAUGCCCCAAAAAGCAGCACCGGGGUAGGAAAAAGCCACCCUGGUGGAAUGAAGAAAUCAGGAUUUCACGCAAGAACUGCAGGAAAACCUUCAAUCAGGCUACUGCGUCUGGUAGUGAGGGACAUUGGGAGACCUACAAGACAACGUUACGGGAGUACAAGAAGCUCCUAAGAAGGUCGAAAAGAACCUCAUGGAAAGACUUCUGCAAUGGGGUGGAGUCUAUCUCAGAGGCAGGCAGGCUCAGAAAGAUACUCUCAGGUACUGCCCAGAAAGCCCCAGGAUGCUUGCAAAGACCUGACGGCUCCUGGACAGAGACCGAGGAGGAAUCACUGGAUCUGCUUCUUUGCACACACUUCCCGGGUGCCACGGAUAGCAUGCCGGUACAGCCACAUCUAACUGGAGAUCUUUCGGUCACUGGAGAUUUCCUCACUAGGGAAAAGGUCAUCUGGUCUAUUGGGACAUUUAAGCCCUAUAAAUCAGCAGGUCCGGAUGGCAUUGCCCCCAUACAGCUGCAGCAAACACUUCAGCUAAGCUCAGCGUGGCUACACGCUAUAAUUAAGGGAGUAUUAGCUCUUAACCAUAUCCCUAGAAAGUGGAGGGAAUCAAGAGUGGUGUUCAUCCCCAAGGCAGGGAAGGUGUCUCACAAUAACCCAAAGGAUUUCAGGCCCAUCACCUUGUCGUCAUUUCAACUGAAGGUUAUGGAGAGACUGGUGGAGGUCCGUAUCAGAGAGUCGGUUGGUGACAGACUCUCUACCACACAACAUGCUUAUACGAAAGGUAGAUCUACAGAAACGGCGCUACAUGAAAUAGUGUCGUAUAUAGAGAGAUCACUAGACAUCAAAGAAUAUACGCUAGCAGCCUUCCUGGAUAUAGAGGGCGCCUUUAACAACAUCAUGCCGGGCGCGAUAACGGCAGCACUGACGGGCCUGGGCAUCGACUCGCGCUUAGUUGCGCUCGUAAACCAAAUGCUGAGAUGCAGGGUGGUCCGGGCGGAGCUGGCGGGGGUAUCGUUGACCAGGUUCGUAGAGAGGGGCACCCCGCAAGGGGGAGUCCUAUCCCCUCUAUUAUGGGUCGCAGCGGUAAACUCACUGCUGUGUGGCAUGGAGGGGGGUGGCUGUAAGGUUAUUGCGUAUGCGGAUGAUCUUGCACUAACAGUAAGUGGGAAAUUUCCACAGACUCUAUGUGACAUUAUGCAGGUAAAACUGAAGGAAGUCGAGAGUUGGACAAAAAAUAACGGGUUAGGGGUAAACCCAAGCAAGACAGAACUUGUACUGUUCACAAGAAGGUACAAAAUCCCCCCAUUGAUAACACCAAGGCUGGCACAGACCACACUAAAAUUAAGCGAAUCCGCUAAAUACCUGGGGAUAGUCCUAGAUAAAAAAUUAAGCUGGAUUCAAAACACCGAAGAGCGGGUGCGGAAGGCCACGGUUGCCCUAUACAGCUGCAGGAGAGCAAUCGGCCAAAAAUGGGGUUUAACCCCGAAGCUAGUGCACUGGAUAUACACCGUCGUGGUGAGGCCCAUACUUCUGUACGGGGUAGUGGUAUGGUGGCCAGUGCUGGAGAAGAAAGUAAACAUUAUUAAAUUACAAAAAGUGGAGAGAACGGCCCUGAUCUGCAUUAGUGGUGCUCUCCGCACAACACCUACUAUGGCAAUGAAUACGAUCCUCAACAUCAUACCCAUAGAUAUUAUGGGACGACAAUACGCUGCGUUUGCAGCCCUAAGACUACAGGGGCUUAAAAGCUGGAAAGCGGCUCGCUGUGGUCACACUACAAUUCUGAGAAACCGACAACUACCGAGUACAAAGGACUACUGUGUACCAAGGCUCACUUUCACUAAAGGUUAUAGCGUAAUGCUACCUAGCAGGGAAUCAUGGCUCGAAGGAGUUCCGGGGUCUAGAGAUGCCAUAAGAUUCUACACGGACGGCUCCAAACUAGAAAAUAGGGUAGGAGGAGGCGUCUACUCGGAGAAAUUGGGAAUAAAAAGAUCAUUCCGACUACCUGACCACUGUAGUGUCUUUCAAGCCGAAUUGGCAGCCAUACAAGAAGCCGUUGACAGCCUAAAACUAGCUGUUAUCGCCACUACGGAAAUAUAUAUAUACUCAGACAGUCAGGCGGCCCUUAUGGCGCUUGACUCUGUCACUAUAAAUUCGGAAACAGUUGCCAACUGCCGCAAAUCACUUAACGUGAUGGCAGAGCAGUUCGCUUUGCACCUGGUAUGGGUACCGGGGCACAGUGACAUACCAGGAAAUGAGAAGGCAGACGAGCUUGCAAGGGCGGGUACUUCCUCUCCACUUUCACCAGCCUGGAAGAGGGUGGGUAUGCCACUCGCUUCCUGCAAGCUCUUACUAAGGGAGAACUUCCUUGAAGAAGCGGCCUCCAGAUGGGAGCGCACUGAAAACUGUAAUACAACGAAGCUUACAUGGCCAAAAUGGGAUGUACGGAGAUCGAGAGAAAUUCUCACUCUCAACAAAGGCGAUAUGUCACUGGCCAUUGGUCUGCUCACAGGACAUAUUCUGAUAGGAAGGCACGCAGAACGCCUCGGGGUUAGUCACAACGACUACUGCAGGAGCUGCCACGACGAAGAAGAGCCUGAAUCAAUAAGGCACUUACUCUGCGAUUGCCCAGCACUGGGCAGGAAAAGACAGAAAUUCCUAGGUAUAGGUCUUCUAGACGAUCUAAGCGCGACUGCUAAGUUUGGAAUACGGCAGUUGCUAAGGUUUGCAGACUCCACAAACUGG